AAGUGAUAGAUGCUUUCAGGCCACGUUGGAGAUGCAAGGCAUACCAACUGUAGCUUAUCAAUAGUGGUAUAAAUCAUUGGAUUGAGUUACAUUACUGUACUGGUUGUUUUGUUUCACUAUUUACUUGUAAAACGUCUACAACUUUCAUUAUAGAUUAUACAGUUGAAACAUGGUGAUCGGGAGAGUUAAAACAAAAGUUGAAAAGUCUGGAGAGAUUGUAGCGUAUAGUGAAAUAGCAGUAAGAAAUAAUGCCAGUGUUGUAGAGUAUUGCAGAACAUCAAUGGCAGCUUUGUCAGGAGGAACAGCUGGUUUGCUUGGAAUCACUGGCUUUUAUGGCUUUGGUUUCUAUAUAUUUGCUGUGGUUGGACUCUGGCUGUUAAUAUUACUGAAAGCAGGAUCAAACUGGAAGAAAUACUUCAUCAGCAGGCGGAUGCUCCUUACAAAUGGAUUCUUUGGAAGUCUUUUUACAUAUGUGUUGUUCUGGACAUUCUUGUAUGGAAUGGUACAUGUAUACUGAGACAUAUUACAGAUGUCACUUCUGUGUUUUGUGUUGUUACCACUUGCACAUAUUCUAGAAUUUCAAGAUGAGAAAACAAAUAACUUUUUUAUAAAUAUUCAGUGUUGUUCAUGCUUCUGUAUUUAUAUUCCCUUCCAUAUGCAAGUACCAGGGACCAUUUGACUUAAGUGCAUUCAUACUGUUUUAGUAUUUUGUUUUAAAAUAAGAGACAUGGUUUGGUCUUCUGUGUCUAAAAUGUAAUGAAGUAUCUAGGUUAGUGAACAUCCAGACAGUCUAAUUAUUAGGCUAAAAUUAUACAGCAUUGAACCUGCACCAAGAACUCAAUAUUCAUAAAACUUGGGUAUGUGCCAUAUUUGAAUCAACCUUAAAUGUGUGUUCAGCAGAAGACAAGCCUGGAAGCAGAGGUGUUUACUCACUUUAAGGUUUAACAAAUUAAAUCAAUUAAAAGUGUAUUACAUAAUGAAACCAAUUUGCAAACUUCAGAGACUGGAACUUCAACAUCGCUCCUUGAAGUAUGUGGAAAUUCAGAAUUGUUCCUCAUUACUGCAAAUACCUUUAUAUUAUUGUUCAUGUUAGUAAUAAAUUAUUUGAAAUUAAAUUUGGAAGAGGGGUCAUCAGCAAAUGUAUGUUGCCUCAUUAUCACAGAAUGUAAUGUCACCUGUCAGUCUUAAAGUGUGACUAUUUAUGAAGUAGUACACGAGCUGGUAUUGCCAUUUCAUGGAUAUCAAUUUCCAGUUACUAUAUACAAAAGAAGAAUGUUAUGUUUGUGGUUUUCACAGAGUUAACACAUUAAUAACUCUGGAACCUUUGAUUAGAUUCACAUUAUUUUACCUUGAAAUUGUAGAUCUAUGAGAAUACUUUUAGAGGAUAUUUAUUUGAGUGUUGUUGGCCAGUUUGAGUAUGAAGUGACUAAAUUAAUGUCAAGACAAAUUCAAAAGCAUUUUCCAUUAUAUUGGAUGAGACUUUUGAUUUUCAAAUUGUUUCUAGUUUUAAUGUACAGUCAUGAUAAUAAAAUUAAAUAAAAAUUUGUUGCUGUUA